AUGUUGGCUUCUUUUCGACUGAGAUACGCAUUGGCCUUGCUGCCUUUGCUGCCGUUUGUAAAGCCAGACGAAUAUCAGGUGAAGAACUUGAUUGUAGACACCGAUAUCUUUGAUGCUAUCGACGAUGCUGCAGCACUACUUCUUGCUUGCACACUGCCAAACACCAAUCUUCUGGCCGUUAACGUCAACGUCAAUUCCACAUACUCUGCGCUUGCAGCAUCUGCCAUUAUCAACCACUAUGGUUACCACUCAGUUCCCAUUGGAUUACCGAGACCCUACGGAAAUAUCACCUCUUCUGAACCGUUUGGAGGGGAGUACGCGAGCAAAGUGGCUGCUGAAUGGUCUGGCGGCUCUGUGCCCUGGUUCCAGGUGAACAAAACAUGGAAUCCGGUGGAGCUAUAUCGCAAAACACUCAGUGAGGCGAAGAACAGUAGCGUGACCAUAGCCUCAAUCGGCUUCAUGGGAUCGAUAUCCGGUCUCCUCAACAGCACUGCAGACCAGUAUUCCCCCUUGGAUGGAUAUGCCCUUGUGAAAGCAAAGGUAAAGGAGUUAGUCGUUAUGGGUGGUGGGUACCUGCCCGAGCGGUCCCUUGACCAAGAGUACAAUUUUGCCCGCCAAGAAGCUCCUCAUGUCGUUAACACCUGGCCGGACUGUGUACCCAUGACUUUUCUGGGCGCAGAGGUUGGCGUGGAAGUCUUAACGGGGGCACGACUUACUACAUGCGGUCCCUCCGACGACCCUGUAAGAGCGAGCUUUGUGUGGUGGGGCGGCACCAACCAUUCACAAUACUCUUGGGAUCACCUGACUAUGGUGUACGCCGGUGAAGGUCUAGGCAAGUGGUUCGAAUAUGGGAACGCAAACGGGUACAACUAUGUAUACCCCAACGGCACGAAUAUAUGGGUCGAAGACGAGCGCAGAACCAGUCAGCACUAUUUGAAGCUGAAAAUCUCGAACACUACCGUGGCGAAAGAGCUUGACCGCCUGCUACUGCGCGGCGCUUGGAAAUAUGCCUAA